AUGUCCUGCAGUUGGACACGGUGUGCCUCAGUUGAGGCCAUGAAUUCAGUGACGAUGGCCAGAGGAAGGAUCCCGAGUCAUGAGCUCGAAACGAAUCCAUUUGCCCGCUGCUGGUCACUCUGCAACCGUCUGGACUUGUCAACGUUGCUCUUUGUGGUAACCAAUGCUGAAGGUCGUCGCGGUCGUCGAGGUCCACCGUGGUCUGACCGCGCGAUGCCCAUCAUCCCACGCGCCGGUGUUCAAACCGGUGUCCAACGGGCCGAAUCUCAGCACUCGUCGUAUGGCCGUCGUCGUUCGAACACGUCACAGUCGGUAAUCAGGGCGGUUCCACCGUCAGCCCCGCCCCCGACACCGCUCAAAAUUGGCGAUACCAGAUUGCUCAACGCCUGGGUUCAUGAACCAAAGGAUUCUUCCAAUGUCCUCUUCAAUCAUCUCCACUGGCCUGGGGUUGCUGAAGGCGAUCUCAUACGCGUCACCGUUGGCAGUCCUGAUAACCCGCACGGUUUCUUGUUCAAAGUCGGGCAAAAUGAAGGCGCGCGUUAUCAGCUUCAGAUCUCUAUCCCAAAGCCCCUUGCCGAAGCAUUCGAUGUUAGGAACAACGUGGAGGUGACCCUCACCAAGGUUGAACCCAAGGCCUAUUAUGCCGACCAUAUGGAACUGGUUUUCCAGGACCAGUACCUUGGAAGAAGCGAUAUGUGGCGAAUGGGAGAAUAUCUCACAGGACAAUGCAUCUAUACCAACCAAGAGGUCACCUACAUCGGUGGUAUCGUCGCGAAGGUCCAGGCAAUCUAUUCCAACGGUGUCGAGGUUUCUGCUGGCGUUGUUACAGCGUUGACCAAAUCCAUAUACCGCUCGCUGUCGGCCAAGGUCACAAUUUACAUCCAAGUUUGCAAGGAACUCUGGGAGUUUGCUGGUGACGGAGAACGCUACUAUGAGAAGAUUAUUCAUUCAUUCCUCCCUAGCCUGUUUGGAAAAUGGCGCGAAGCAGGAACCAAUCACACUGUCACCAUCGUCCUCAUUUCACGCGUCUUCUAUGAAGAAUCAGAAAUCGACUACGCAGCCGGUCCACUGCGACGCGACGAGCGAGGAAACUGGUACAAAGACUUUUACAAAGUCAUUACCGACCUCGAAGUCAACUACGAAUGGAAUGACACCCUCGUCAGCCUGAAGAACUCGUUCUGGGCGUUCCAGCGCGAUAUUCUGCUCGCCCACCAUUAUCACCGUGCCUGUCUGGACUCCAAGCUCGGAUUACCCUCCCAUAUCCGCCUGGUUGGGCAGAUUUCAUACGCCCACGAUGGUCCGAUUCUCGAGGCACUGAAUCUGGGCCUCAAUCCCACAGAAACGCACCAUAUAGACAGGUCGCUCUCCCUCACUGGAGCCACAUACAUCCUCAUCACCCCUGGAACAGGGUACUUCCGCGUAUCCAAGGCCCUCCUCAGGUUAACGACAAUGCGCAUGCUCGACCAAGGGGUGGUCCUCAAUCUUAUCCUCUUGACGAAGCAGCCCCUUCACCAAAGCCCUAUAUUCAGUUUCCAGGGCAUCGACCCCUCCCUGAAGGAACACGAUGACCCACUUUCUGACGACCCCCUAUGGUGCGACGAUGCCAAUGUCGACCACAGCAAGAAGAAAACCUUUUGGUGGGAGCCCUUUUGGCUCUCGACAACCUUUUGGGAUAAACAAAAGGAUUUGCCCAUACGUUACGACAGAUUCGUUGCCCGUGCCAAGAUGCACGAGAUACAGAUGCUAGGGCUGUUGGAGCAUGAUGUUUUAGCCAGCAUUGAAGUGCCCUUCUUGCCCGAACGCCCCCUCCCUCCACUACUUGGUAUCGCUCGGGAGGACACCCGGAUGACCCAACAAGAAGCCGACAACUUCGACAACGAGAUAUUUGCAUCCGGUAGUACUGGUGAAGCCCUGUCUUCGCAGUUCACCCUCCCAAGCGCCAUGCUUCCCAUACCUGGCAAAUCGGAGAAACGCACGUCUAACCACCGCAACUCAACGACGGGGAUACGAAUACAAACAAUCGAGGAAAGUCCUCGAAAAAUUCACAAGACCCUCCCCGACGAAGGAUUGCCAACUGUCGCUGCUCCCAAAGUUCCGUUGAGCACGUCACCCUCUCAAGCUUCCAUUCGGUCAGCUCGAUCGGAAGUCUCGACGGCUUCCGCGAAACUUCGCGCCUUGCAGGCUACUCCGAACAAAGGCGGUUUGGCAUCCAAGCUGACCCCUUCGUGGUUGUUCAAUCCGUUCAGGAGCAGCGGGAUCAGUGAACCGCAGACCUCGCAAGUCAUUGCAGCCGGGUCUUCGGCCAAUUCGUCUGCAAAUACGACCCCUGUCCAUACUCCCCUGUCCAUCCCAGCUGUAACCCCCGCCACACCUGGGGUACAGGCCAGCACGCCGAUCAGCAUGACGCCGUCCGCUCCCAUUCAGAUGCCCGCGAACCCCACUCGUGCUGCAGCAACGACGGGUCAGCAUCCCAACCUCGCGUUGAAGGGCUCGUUAGGCAGGUCAACGUUGCGACAUGGGGAUGACAACCUUGCAGCACCACCUCGCGGCUCCUUCUCUCGUCGUUCACCUCUUAACACGCCUCCGCGAGACGAGUAUAUUGCUAACAAACGACGAAGCACGGCCAACUUCGUCCAGUCGAUGUCCUCCGGUUCUCCAGGGUCCUAUUCCAAUCCCUCCAACCCCUCCCAGCCCCAACGGCCAGUCUCCUACUUGCAGUCCUCCAUGGCCCGGCGGUGGCACCAUGUCCUCCCUCAUCCUCUCAAGAAGCACGACAUCAAGUGGAAAGCCCUUGUCACUCCGGCGUGUUUACCAUUGACAGUCGACUAUUUCCCGACGAGCAACGAGCUGGAAUCUUGCUAUGAGCUGCACCCUUACGAAUUCGUCGUCAACCCCAAGGAGCUCAAGUCGAUGUUCCUACGACCACCCAACGUCAAGGAGACAGGUACCAAAGGGCAACACUCUGCCGAAAACAUCCAGGCGUGGGCUCUGGUAACGAUGCGCGCCAUGGCCGGUGUUCGACUCGCCCAGGGAUUCCAAUUCGUUCUCAAGCCAGCGCAGACAGGGACUGGGAACCAUUUCGAAAACGAGUAUUCGAAUUAUGGUUGGAAUCCUAGUCAUCCGAGUCAGAGAGCUCCGUUAGCCAGGACAGCCUCGGCGUUGCUCACGGACGAACCGAGUAUGCCUAUGGCGGUUGGGUCGAACGAGGCGUUGAUUAACGUGGACCAUCCGAUCUUUUUGAGCAUGACGAAUGAGAUUCAUAUGAUCUGGUUCAAUGGGGAGGCUAUCAAGGUCAGAAGGUAUACCAGGAGGAUGCCGAUACAGCCCAAGUUCAAGUACCAGUGUUUGAUUUGGCCGAAACUUGGAGUUGGGUACACGGAGCUUUCGACGACGUUCGAGUCGUAUGGCUUGGAUCACUGGAAUCGGCUCGACAUGCUGAUCUCAGGGUACCAGACCUCUUUCGAGGACGUCUUGCGAUACUGGCGUACUCGCUUUGUGGUGCUUCCAACCUCGGAGCCUCCGACCAUCACCGCAGGGCCCGGUGGGGAGAAACUCAACGAAGAAGAAAUUCGAAUCCUCGGCAUCGACAAGCUCGGCGAAAUCUUCACCAAGCUCCGGUGGUACCCUCCUGGCGUCGAACCCAACCCUCCCAUUCGUUUCCUCCCCACAACACACGAUCCCGCUCAAACGGUCUUCGACGACGUGCUCAUGCAGCAACUUGCGGAGAUCUGCUCCAAUGGACCGCUCAAGAAGAACAUGAACAGCGAUAAGGAGAUUGCGGAUAUGUCGUUUACGCAGGUUGCGACGUUGAUGAGGGCGGAGCCGGGGUUGAUCAAGCAUAAUCAAUGGCAUAAGAACUUCUAUCCGAACUCGUUUGUAGGGAGCGAUUUUGUUAGUUGGCUGGUGAGGGAGUUUAGGGAUGUUUCGUCGAGGGUGCAGGCGACGGAGUGGGGUAUCAAGUUUCUUGAGCAGGGCUUCAUUGAACAUUGUAGGAAUCUGCAUCCUUUCCUUGACGGGUAUGUUGCUAUUCUCGCAGCGGGUUACGGUGCUGACCUGGCUCACAGGCACUAUUUCUAUCGCCUGAAGGGCGACUAUUCUGUGCCCAUGACCCCGAGCAUCAAAGGCUGGUUCAAGAGAGGCGAAAGUGACGCGAGAUCGAUACAGUCGUCGCAGUCGUCAAGCAGUCUCAGCCGUUCACGACUGUCCAGCUCUCGCAAGAAGACACAACUGAUCUUCAGUCAGAGCACCAUCAUCGACCUUGACCCUCACAAACGAAGUAACCAGGCCGAGACAGCACUGCUCCAUCACGAUAUCGUCCACAACCCAGCCACUGUCUUCCACUUUGAACUCCAGUGGAUAGGUACGACUGCGCGUGUCAUUGAAGACCAGCUCCGGCAAUGGAACCGCGUCAUCGAAAAGUAUGGGCUCAAACUUGUCGAGGCAUACGUUGGCCAAAUCUCGGAUAUUCGUGACCGCAACCCAUUCCAGUCGUGUUUCCCUAUCCGAUUCGCAGUUCCUCCUCCUGUCAUCCCCGAUAUCGAGAAGCGCAUCCAACCUGAAGGAUCGAAGACGGCGAGGUACUACUUCGAGUACGCACUCCUUCGGAAAUUCGGGUUUGUCCUGGACGUUGAAGCCCAAGACCUUUAUGUGGAUUCUGUGGACGUGGUAUACUCCUACCGCAGAUCGCCAUACCACUAUUCGCAAUUCGUUCACCGGAGCGGGCUAGCCUUUGUUCAAGUCCUAGAUGGUGGACAAGGCUUCCUAUUCUUGACGAAUCGGUUGAUGGGUACAGGGAGGAUGGGUGCUGCACUGAAGAGUCUUGGGAAGAGCGGGAGUGUGGCGGCGAUCACUAGGAGGUCUGGUUUGGCGGGUGAAGAUAUUCGAUUGAGCCUGUAUGAUUUCUGUCAGGAUAGGGAGAAGUUGAUGGAGUUUUAUGAUGAGCAGCUGGCGUUGCUCCCACCUUGUCCGCAGACGCCGCUCUCGGAGGAGCCUCCGAGUCUGACUAUCUGA